GAUGCCUGCUUUAUAUCGAUACUUUUUUGGCGGCGACAUACCGUGUUGCACAAAGUAAACAGCAUUGAGCACUAAAUCUGGAAAAUAAAAUUGAAUUGCAAUGGCAAGUGAAGAUUUGUUUCGUAAUGACUACUCCGAGGAACCUGAUCUGGGGCAGGAAUUUCAAAAUGACGAAGAAAUGAGUACAGAGAUGGCUGAACACGAUACUGAAGAUGUUGAAAAAACCACUGGGCAAAACGACACGAACAGCUCGCCCAGUGUCAAUCAGCCAGCUGCCAAGAGCCCAGAGCAGACAAAAACAAUCAAUGGCAACAAGCCCUCGGAGCAUGAACAUGAUGGCAAGCUUACGCAGCUACCAAUGGGUCGCAUUCGGAACAUCAUGAAACUGGAUCCAGAUCUUCAAAUUGCAUCGAAUGAAGCCGUCUUUGCAGUGACCAAAGCCGUAGAGUUAUUUAUUGAAUCCCUGGCUCGAGAGGCCUACACCUACACGGCGCAGGCCAAGAAGAAGACCAUACAAAAGAGGGACGUAGAUCUCGCCAUAUCCGCUGUGGAUAGUCUUAUGUUCUUGGAUGGUGCACUGAAUUUUUGAAGGAUCCCAAAUAAAAAAGUCCAUUGUGAUAUUAUA